AACGCGUUGUUGCUCGGGCAAGCGCCCUUUCAAAACAUGCAGGAGGAACAGCGGGGCGGAACGUGGGAGUUCUCGCGUGACAGGACUGCUUGCAGUAUUGUUGAGAAUGGACAGGAUCGCGCGGAGCCAUGGCGGCAGCCGUGGAUCCGGCCGUACGCCGCGCCGCUCUUUGCCGCGUCAGGGAGGAUGGCCGCGAGCUCCAGAACCUGUCCGAGGAGCUGCAAGCCGACAGAGAAAUCGUGCUGGCUGCAGUGCGGUCACAUGGCGCCGUUUUGGCCAUGGCCGCCGAACCCUUCCGCCGCGACAAGGAGGCCGUCCUGGCCGCCGUGCUCUCAGACGGCCUGGCCCUCGCCGCCGCGUCCGAGGAGCUGCGGGCCGACAGGGAGGUCGUAUCUGCGGCAGUGCGAUAUUGUGGGUUGGCUCUACAUCACGCUUCGCGUGAUCUACGCAGUGACCCUGAGGUUGUUCGCUUGGCAGUGCGGUCGCACGGUCUCGCGCUGAACUAUGCUUCGGACGAACUUCGAGCUGACAGAUCUACGGUGCUUGCCGCUGUGCGCUCGCACGGUCUUGGCCUUCUUUAUGCUGCACCAGAGCUGCGUCAGGACCCUGAGAUCUUGAUCGCAGCGUUGAGGGGCACUGGCGACGGUAUUGCCAGAGUCGCUUCCAAAAAUUCGGUUGCCCUGGAGCCGCCGCCGCCGCUGAAUCUUCGGAUCAUGGUCGUCGGCACCCCGAAGGAGUGCUUGGUGUGGACCGAACAAACCGUGCCGCAGUGGACGCGGUGGCGCCGUGACCCCGCGACCAGCCAAGACAGCAUGGAGGUGGCGGUGUUGGGUGUCAAGUGGGUUGAGAAUGGCAGUUGGCACAUCUCCGACGUCGUGUUACGAGCUCUGACUCCGCCGAGCCGCGCGAGGAACGGGCCAGAGCGGCCCACGCGGGCCUGGCCGCCGGGGCGGGGAAAACGCCAGCGCUGCCCGCCAGGGCCAACGACGCCGCUCCUGACGCCCUUUGCGGCGGAGACCGGCUGGUCCUGGAUCGCCGGCAUCGCGUGGAGGGUCAAGCGGGUGCCAGCGCUGAUGCCACGGCCUUCUGGCAGGCCGGCCAUGAGCGAGAUCACAGACGAAUGGUGCAUCUACGACAUGUCCGCGCACCUUUCCACAACCAGCCGCGCGACAGACGGCCUCGGAGUCGCGCCGGCGUGUAAGAGGGCGACCAUGGCCCCUGGCCGGCGCGGGGCUCCUGCAGGCGGAGGCGAGGCCACGGAUGGCGCGUCGGCUGGUGUCGGCGAGGACGCGGCGGCCGACGGCGACAAGGCCGCGGCACCUGCCCUCGAGGGGGGCUGGAAGGGCUUCUGCCGCGCAUUCGCCAGCAUCAUGAGCAGGGAGCUGGACCAGAAGGCGCCGCCCGUGCUGUGCGACACGCAGAUCGCUCAGAAGCUGAAGGAGAAGAGGGAGGAGCUCAAGGAACAGAGGGCCCUGGCCCUGCAGCGAAAGGCCCUGAAGGACCAAGGCCAUACGCUCCCCGACAUCACACAGAAGGCGUUCGAGAUGAACCUUCGCAAGAUAGCCACUCAGGGUGUCGUGCGCUUGUUCAACACGGUGCAGCAGUACCACCAGCGGGGCGAUGCUGACAUUAGCAGCCAGGCCUCCAAGGUGCACAUUAAGCAGCGCGGCAAGAAAAUGGCGGAUGCAUCCCGGGAGAAGUUUCAGCGCCUCUGGGAGACGCAGGGCCAGCCGAAGGCGAAGCGCAGGAAGCAGAGCACGUCUGGCGGCGUCGCUGCGGCCAGCGGCGGGAUGGACGAGCUGGCGGAGUUCGGCUGA